AUGACAGUAAAAGCACUUGCACAAGCGAUGGAUAUUAAUGUUGAUCAUGUCUAUGAUUGUCUUAUUCAUAUAAAAAAUGGUGAUCAAUACUCAUCUGAUAAUCAAGAAAUCGUUGAUUUUAAUGUUAUUGUCGAAGUAGUUCAUUUAUGUGGUGGAAAACAUAGACUUAUACCAUCACCUUUUGCAAAUGAGAAAAAGAAACCAGUGGCAAAUGUAGUUAAAUUUGUUCGCACGCCUAUGCCACCAAAAGAAAAAUUAAAACCGAGACCACCUGUUGUUACUAUUAUGGGUCAUGUUGAUCAUGGAAAAACCAGUCUUUUGGAUGCAUUAAGAAAUAGUAAUAUUGUAUCAAGUGAAUUUGGAGGAAUUACACAACAUAUUGGUGCUUUUAUUGUACCUGUAUCAAAAUCAACAACUGUAACAUUUAUUGAUACACCUGGUCAUUUAGCAUUUGCUGAAAUGCGUGCUCGUGGUGCUCAAGUAACAGAUAUUGUUGUCCUUGUUGUUGCUGCUGAUGAUGGUGUUAUGCCUCAAACAUUAGAAAGUAUUGCACAUGCAAAUAGAGCAAAAGUUCCUAUUGUUGUUGCAAUCAAUAAAAUUGAUAAAGCUGAUGCCAAUGUCAAACGUACGGAGACCAUGCUUGCUGAACAUGGUCUACAACUUGAAUCCAUUGGUGGUGAUAUUGUUGGUGUACCGAUUUCAGCUUUGAAAAAUAUAAAUAUUGAUAAAUUACUCGAAUCAAUCUUAGCUGUAGCUGAAUUACAACAAUUACGUGGUGAUACAAAUGGACCUGUCGAAGGUACAAUACUCGAAUCAAAACAUGAAGAAUCCAUAUCAGAAAAUAAUGAAUUCGAUAAUAAUCAACGAAAGGGAAAUCUUGCUACUAUUCUUGUUCAACGUGGUGUUUUAAAAAAAGGAACUAUUUUACUUGCUGGUCAAAGUGUUGCACGAGUUCGAGCUUUAUACAAUGAACGAGGUAUUCAAAUUGAACAUGCAACAUUAAGUAUGCCUGUUCAAGUAACUGGUUGGAAAACAUUACCAGCUGCUGGUGAAGAAGUAUUCGAAAUUGAGAGUGAAAAUUUAGCUAAUCGUAUUGCUGCUCAACGUAAAGCAGAUGAAAUAGCUCAAAAGAUGGAAAUUGAUGCAAUUGCUAUUACACAAAAACAUGAAGAACAUCUACAAAAAUAUCGUGCGGAACUUCAACGUCGUCGACAAUUAGGUAUUGUAUUUCGAAAACGUGAUAAAGGUUCUGGACAACAUAUUGAAGAUAAAGAAGAAAAAUUAAAAUAUUCUAUUCUUAUCAAAACUGAUGUUUUUGGUACAUUGGAAGCAUUAACAAAAAUUAUUAAUAUGCACAAUGAUACUCGAUGUCCACUUGAUGUAAUUGAUGCAUCAGUUGGUCCUGUUAAUGAUGAUGAUAUAGAAGCAGCUCAGCUUUUUAAUGCAACAAUUUAUGCAUUUAAUACAAAUGUAAAUCAAACAAUAGCACUUGAAGCCAGUCGAAAACAUGUUCCUAUACGAACAUUUAAUGUUAUUUAUCAUAUGUUAAAUGACAUAAAAGAUGAAUUAACAAAACGUAUACCACCAACAGAAGAAGAUGUUCAAACAGGUUCAGCAGACGUUCUACAAGUAUUUGAAAUAACAGAACGUAAUAAAAAAAUACCUGUAGCUGGUUGUCGUGUUACAGAUGGUUCAUUAGAAAAGAAACAACUAUUUAAAUUAAUACGUAAUGGUCAAGUUAUUCAUCGAGAUACUUUAUCAUCUUUAAAACAUUUACGUGAUGAUGUACAAUCAAUCAAGAAAGGUGUAGAGUGUGGUUUAUCAUUUACAAAUCAUGAUAUUAAAUUUCAAAAAGGUGAUCAAAUUAUUUGUUAUACUGUUAGACAAGUUGUACAAGAAGCAAAAUGGGAUUUUGGAUUUUAG